AUGCAUUCCUGUCUGAAGAUUUCACUUAAAAAGAAAACCUGGAAAAAAUUGAAGUAAAUCAUUACAAAAUUAAUAGAAAAUUUCUCAAAGUGAUCUAUUAUCUAUUAUUGCUCUUUGUACAUCUUCUAUAAGUUUUAGUCACGGCGACUUAAAACUUUAAACCUUAUCUGCCGGCUAUGAUAAUGGAAAACUUUUAUCUUUGUUUUUCCCUCUUAGCAAUGGCCUAUUUAUCGAUUAGAAAAUUCUGUUUUCAUCAAGAACCCUUUCAAUUCACACAUCAAAAAUUGUCUAAUGAACCUAUUAUAUUAAUUUCGGAUGAGAAAUUAAACAAUUGGGGAUAAGAAGAGAAAUUCUUAGAUGCUGACUCCCUUAAAUUGAGUAAGAGAGCCAAAAUAAGUCCAUCCACAAGUUAAUUCAAUAGUCAAUAAAUUGCAAGCACUAAUUUUCUGCCUUAAAAAGACUGA